CUUUCCCGGGACGAAAACCUCCAUCGACGAACGAGAGGCAGCCGGCAACCUUAAAACCCUAGAAAUUGAAAAAACCAACUGUUACCGAUUGCUGGUAACUGUCAAGGAGAGCCCAAAAAUGGAGGAAGACUCUCACUUGGAAGGCGGAGAAAAUAACCGAGAGAUAGAAAUUGCGCCUGCCUUAAUAGCUGUUCACCCUACCCAGGAUUCGGUUGCCGUCGCCGUCGGUUCUGACCUCCGCGUGUUCGACCUCAGGACGGAUUGUGGGGUUUCUCUGGUAGAUGAUUCUGUAGAACCCUUCCAUAAAGAUUCUGUGAGAGCUAUUCGCUACAGUGCAAAUGGGAAGCUCUUUGUGUCUGCUGGUGAUGAUAAGCUUGUUAAGAUUUGGUCCACUGACACUUGGCGCUGCAUCAGUUCUGUGUCCUCCGAGAAGAGAGUGAGUGCAGUUUCCAUAAGCAACGAUGGGCUGUAUGUGUGCUUUGCUGACAAAUUUGGAGUUGUCUGGGUUGUAGAUAUCCAUGACCUUGAUGUCAAUGGAGCUCUCUCCAAUAGGAAGGCGGCACCUUUACUUGCUCAUUAUUGCAGCAUCAUUACUAGACUGGAAUUUUCACCGGACGGAUGCUUUAUAGUUAGUGCAGACCGAGAUUUUAAAAUCCGUGUAAUUGUCUUCCUUGUGUGGUUUCUGUGUUUCCGAAGAAGCCUUUGGAAGGGGCUCAUGAAAUACAAAGCUUUUGCCUUGGUCAUACACAGUGAGUUUGUUUCCAGCCUUGCUUUUAUUUGCAGUAAGGAUCUGCCCCAAGGGUUUCUUCUUUCCGGUAGCGGUGAUUCCACGGUUCGCCUAUGGGAUAUUACUUCGGGAUCACUACUUGAUACCUGUGAAGUAGGCUCACAGGCAGCACUUUCAGAGUCCGACGGUAGCGGGGAGAGCUGCUGUGCUGUCACGGAUUUGUGUGCAAUCCAGGAUAGUAAUUUUGUUGCAGUAGCCAUUCAAGGCUUGCAAGAAAUAAUUUUGCUGGGCUGUGACUUCUCUUCUAAAACAUUAAGUGUCGCCAAGGUGGUUUCUAUAACAGAAGAGAAUUUCAUCCCCACAAGCAUGGGAAGUAGUUCUGCUGGAGAAUUAUUGUGGUUUGUAACAGGCAUCUCUAAACUGCGUGAUGCUGACCACAAGUCUCUGGCUCGUUUGAAGGUUGUUAGUGGUCUCAGGAAAAAAGGCCAUCCCGAGUCUCCUGAUCAACACAAGCCCGUUGUUUUGGGAGAUGAAGAAAUUCCGGGCAGCCAGAAGCUGCUCGAGAAGUUGCAGGGAAGCUUGUCAAUCGACCAGAGUGUUUUCUCAGCCGCUGCUGAAGCUAUAAAAACUGCAAUGUGCAAUUUGUUGAUUAAGAAGCAGUAUCCAACAGAGAGCAGGGAAUGGAGGAAGAGAACUAGAAACGACAGGAAGGCCAAACAGUAGAAUUGUUGAAGAGUACUUUCCUAUGGGCUCUCUUUCAAUUAUUGGGAAGAAUCAGAUAUUUUGAGGUGUUGAUUGUCCUUCUCUAGGUUUAGGAAUACUGUGAUAUUUAUGUAGUUGUUUCUGGGGAGUACAUGUAGCAUUGCUGCUGCUUUAUUCCAGUGUUGUACCAGAACCAGAGCGCCUUCUCUUGUCACACCACGAGUGACCUGUGGGUGUAAAGAGACUCGGUUGAGAAGUGUACAUUUUUUGUCAGUAGCUCUUCAGUGUUAUAUUCAGGGCCCCUUGAGUCUUAUCUAGUUCCUUUUUUGCGUGGAAGAGGCCGUAAAUGGACCCAAAAUUGCGUCAUCAAUCUAUCAAGGAUUGUUUGGUAGUAUUUAUUUUUGCCGGCCCCAGACAUCCAUUAGUAACUAUAUCUACA